AUGCAAUUAAGCUUAUUGUGCAAAUCAGGUCACCCUUCUAAAACACUUAAAACAGCCUGUAAACAAAUGGACACCAUCCCACCCAGAAUAUUUGCACUGAUUCUGAUCCACACUUAUCCAUUUCUAUGCCUUGCAAUCAAUAUCACGGCUAUUCAUCCCUCCCCACUUGCAUUCCUGCUUGCCAUAUUCUCCAGCCUAUCAAAAACAGCCCUUGAUUACUAUUCCACUGGCUCAGUCAUCAUCUGCACCAUUUGCAACCUCUUCUACAUCACAUACGCCCUAUUACUUCAAUAUUACUACUUCAUAUCCAAGGAAGCUGAUUUCACCAAACUGACCUACCUGUACUUCAUUGCAUUUGGAUUCGUAUCCAACUCAGCCCACUCUACCAAAUACAUGCUCACUGUUGACUGCACCAGAGCAGUCUACCACAUUCAGCUCUUUGGAUACCUGAUUAGCACCUGUCUCGAUUUCACCAUUCUGAUCUAUAUCAAUAUUCUACUUCUUAUUGGCACCAUAGUAUGUGUUAUGCUAUGUGAAAGCAUGACUAUUGAAUAUACUGACACUAAGGAGAUCUAUGAAGUAUUAAAGGAGAGAAUUGAAGACGAGAAAGCCAGAACUAAGGAAUAUAAGGCAAUUCUAAAAAACAGGGAGGAAACCAAAGAAGAAAAAGAUAUUGAAUUCGACUGGAUCAAAUAUGCAUCAAAUAUCAGGGUGAGUACGGUGCUAUUUCUCCUAUCGAGAAACAGACUGAAUUACCUGUUGUGUUCAAUGGUGAACCUGGCCUUUGACUUUGAUACGAAAUACGUUGAGUUUGUGGUGACAUCCUGCAUCCUGCUUGAAAUGAACUGGGAGCCCCUUAUCGUAUUUUAUAGGGGAUUUGGAUCAGGAAGUAACGUGGGUGAAUUUGUAAUUGGAUUUGUGACCUACUUGAUUCUUACAAUACUUGGUAUUUGA